CGAUGUUCGCUCAGGGCGCGGCCAGAUGAAGUGAGUGACAGGUGCCGAGCAACUUCGGAAAAAUGGGAGGGGCGGUGGGGAAGAAUAAAGUGUCGAGAAACGGAGGCUGGGAGGCUUGGGGACCCUCUGGUGUACUCAAACCACAACCUGCCUGAAGCCCUGGUGCGCAGAAGAGCCCUGACACAGCACGUCUGAGGCUGCCAGUCCUGACGGGCCCGCCGGCCGGGUUGGCCCUCCACUGGUGUCUGGAAACGUGACCGCUAAACAGUCCCCUACACUGACGACAACUUUCCCGCUAUGGAAACUGAGGCCCAGGGAGGGCAGGACAGCCCAUGGGCACAUGGAGAGUGAACAUCCAGGUCUCCUGCAGCCGCCCAGACCUCCCCAUGCCUCUCCGUCCUGGCCAGGGGCUCGCUCCCAGCUGGGCUCUGGACGUGCAGGCUCAGCGGCCAUGGCUCACGGGCUCAGCCGCUCCGCAGCAUGUGGGAUCUUCCCGGACCGGGGCACGAACCCGUGUCCCCUGCAUCGGCAGGCGGACUCUCAACCACUGCGCCACCAGGGAAGCCUCAAAAAGGAGGUUUUAAUCAGGAAUGGGUGCUCCUGUGUGUCCGGAUGGAUGGGGAAACUGAGGCCUAGCUGUGAUCUCCCGGAGCAUCAGUUACGUGGGGAGUGUCCCCCAGUGGGCGGCUGCAAUGAGAAGCGCAUGCUGGCCAUGCUGCCUCACUGCGGCCAGACCUUUGCUGAAAGGAUGAAGAAGGUGGAGGUCUGGAAGUGGUGCAACUUGUCGGAGUUCAUCGUGUACUACGAGAGCUUCACCAACUGCACCGAGGUGGAGACCAACGUGGUGGGCUGCUACUGGCCCAACCCCUUGGCAGAGAGCUUCAUCGCUGGGGUCCACAGGCGGUUCUUCCAAAACUGCUCCGUGGACAGGCAACACUGGCAGGACCCCCCAGACGAAAUUCUCAUCCCGCUCAUCGCAGUGCCCAUCCUGCUUACCAUCGCCAUGACCGGCGUGGUGGUGUGGCGCAGCAAACGCACCGACCAGGUGGUGUGAGGGCCCGGUGAGUCCGAGGGACCCCGCCUGGAGAAGCGGAAGAAAGUUCUCCAGGGCUGGGAGAGCCGGUGGACACUCUUCGGCUGUCCCCACCCUGCCUGGGCGGCCUUUGGGCUGGUGAAAGAAAACGUGCCGCGGCUGGAGCCUGCUUGCUGGGCACAAGUCACCGCUGCUUCGCCCGCGCUGUCCCAGGCUGGGCUGGGGCCUCGGGGUUCCUAGCACUGAGUCCCGUGGUGCCCCAUCUGCAGCCCCGGCCAGACCCCGCCUCCCAACUGACUCUACCCCUGGCCCCAGCCCAGCCCUGACUUCACCCCUUGGCUCUGACUCCACCUCUGGCCCUGACCCCACCUCCAGCCCUGGCCCCACCCCCAGUCCUGACCCCACCCCCGGUCCUGGCCC